AUGCUGCGUCCUUUGUUGGACCAUGAAUGGCUGCGGUUACUGCCUUUCCUGGGCGUGCUGGCCUUGCUUGGUUACCUCGCUGUCCGUCCGUUCCUCCCCAAGAAGAAGCAGCAAAAGGAUAGCUUGAUUAACCUCAAGAUCCAGAAGGAAAAUCCAAAAGUAGUGAAUGAAAUAAACAUUGAAGAUCUGUGCCUCACUAAAGCCUACUGCAGGUGUUGGCGUUCUAAGACGUUCCCUGUCUGUGAUGGCUCCCACAACAAGCACAAUGAAUUAACAGGAGAUAAUGUAGGUCCACUAAUACUCAAGAAGAAAGAAGUAUAGCAGAUGCUUAAUCCACUAGAUCAUAACUGAUAAAAAGUCUUUUUAUACCAUUGUAGUUGCAAGGGACAGCAUUCUAUUAUGUGAUUGGUAUGAUUUAGUUUAAUCAUUGCUGUAGAUUUCUUUUUGGAAUAAACUGCAUUUAGACAGUGCUAAAUCUGUCACUGUUUUGAUACUUUAUUCUGAGAAGAACUAUGUUUCCUUUGUAAAACUGUAAAGUAACUAUCUCUGUAAAUAAGUAGUUUAUUUCAACAAUAAAAUUACUUCCUGCAGUUAA